UUGAAGGAGUUAUGGGAGGAUGGAGUUAAUACAUUGAUGCCUCAACGAAACAAUACUUCAUGUUGAAGGCUUCUAUUAUUUCUACCAUAUCAGACUUUCCAGGUUAUGCCAAUCUAUCUGGGUGGAGCACUAAAGGAGAACUUGCAUGUGCCGUAUGUGGUUUUGGUACUGAAUCCAAAUGGCCAACUCAUGGAAGAAAGUUUUGUUACAUGUGUCAUAGGAGGUGGCUUCCAUCUGACCAUAGUUGGCGUUCAGAUAUUAGAUCGUUUGUUGGACGCCACGAAUUCAGAGUUGCUCCUAUUCCUCCUUCUGGAGAGGAGGUUCUACAACAAGUAGGACAUAGAAUUUCUUGUCGACAAUGAUGUUCGUAGUCCAUGGAAAAAGAAAAGUAUUUUUUUUAUGUUGCCAUAUUGGGAGCAUCUGCUGUUGCGUCACAAUCUUGAUGUGAUGCACAUUGAAAAGAAUGUUUGUGACAACAUAGUGGGGACUUUAUUAGGACAAGAAGGAAAGUCGAAAGAUAACUAUAAAACAAGACUUGACUUACAAGAAAUGGGUAUAAGAAAAGAAUUGCAUCCAAAGAAGCGGCCUAGAAGUAGUAUCACUUUCAUGCCAAAAGCUUGCUAUCAAAUGACUCGAGGUGAAAAGGCUCAAUUUUUAACAACCCUUAAGUCAAUCAAGCCUCCUGAUGAAUUUUCAUCCAAUAUCUCUCAAUGUGUACACUUAAAUGAGGGCAAGCUAAUUGGGAUGAAAAGUUAUGACUGUCACAUGUUGAUGCAAGAGUAUUUGCAGAUUGCAUUACGUGGAAGUUUGCCGGAUCAUGUAAGCUCGGUUAUAAUCGAGUUAUGCAAAUUUUUAAUGACCAUUUGCUACAAGGACUUAUCUGAAGUUGAUCUACAUUUUCUCGAGUCUAAAGUUCAUCUCACUUUAUGCAAACUAGAGAAGAUAUUUCCUCCAUCAUUCUUUACUAUAAUGGUUCACUUGGUGAUCCAUCUAACGAGAGAGGUUAGGCUUGGAGGUCCUGUCGCAUUUCGGUGGAUGUACCCUGUUGAAAGGGACCUUCUAAAACUUAAGUCAUACGUUCAUAAUCGAGCUCAUCCCGAAGGAUCAAUUGCUGAAGGCUAUUUAGCUGAGGAAAGUAUAACAUUUUGCUCUAGAUAUCUAUCCAAAGUAGAAACUGUUUUUACUAGAGCAGUUAGGAACGAUGAUGAGGGUCACCAAAAUCACAUCGAAGAAUCCAACAAUCUUUGCCCUGGUCGUGCCUUAGGUCGUAAAUUGGAUUUGGGAGUACCUAUUCGCAAAAGAAGGAGAUCUUCAAAUUCAGACAUUGAUGAGAAGUCUCUCACUCAAGCACAUCGCUAUGUAUUAUUCAAUGUUGAGUCAGUUACACCUUUUCGAGAGGAACACAAACGGAUAGUCAAGGGACAAUACGGUUCUCGUCGGAUACCAGAUUAUGAAAUGAACAAGAUUCAUGGCCAACAGUUUGCUGACUGGUUCAAGAAAAGGGUUGCACGUUUGGAAGAGCAAGGUGAUGAAGUAACUGAAGAUCUAAAAUGGCUUGCUCGUGGUCCGCUUAGAAGUGUGAAUCGAUACUCUGGAUACCUUGUUAAGGGUUAUCAUUUUCAUACAAAAAGUCGAGAGAAGUCACUAAAAACCCAAAACAGUGGUGUUGUUGUUACUGUAGAAGGUGAAAAUUAUGCUAGUAGUCGAGAUAGAAGGCCCGUUCAAGGCGUGGUUAACUACUAUGGUAAAUUGAAUGACAUUAUUGAGUUAAACUACUCAGGUCAAAUACGAGUAGUUUUAUUCAAAUGUGAAUGGGUUGAUAUCAAUAGGGGCUACAAGAUAGAUAAUGGUGUAACAUUGGUAAAUUUCUCAUACAAGGCACAUACAGGGGCUAGUUUAACUGAUGAUCCAUUUGUAUUGGCAGCACAAGUUGAUAAGGUGUUCUAUGUCACGGAUCCCAAGCAUAAAGACUGGGAGGUUGUCAGAUUUGUAAAAGUAAGAGAUGUAUUUGACAUGGGAGUUCUUGAUGAUUGCACAUUUAAUGUGCCUAAUUUGCAUAGGAUUGGGGAUGAUGGUGAAGAUGGCAUUGACAUUACACCUGAUAUGGAACAUGAAGUAGAUGUUGAAGAAAACGGCGAUGAGUCUUUUUUUUAAUUAGUUACAAAUAUUAUGUUGUAAACCUUUGAUGUAACUUUGUUUUCGGAAUUUAGUAUUAUGUGGUGAGUAUGUUGACUUUAGGAUGUUAACCUAUGAGGUCGACUUUCUGAUUUAGUUCACUUAGAAUGCUAACUUUCUGUUUGAAUA